AUGCGUACAAGACAACGCAUCAUAAAUUUUUAUGAUAGGCAGGGAUCUCUUGGCAUUCGAACCCAAACCAGGCCACUCCUCCUAACACAAAAAGUAUAUUACAAUACCCUGGUGAAAAGGAAGAAAAAGUUUGAGUCUUUAAAAGAAUAUGUCAGUUGUUUAACUUUUAACAUUUAUUUGAAUGUUUAUCCUUAUUUUUUAAAAGUUCUUAUUUUAUUUUCUAGCCAUCAGCCGCCGAACCAAAUAAAUACAAAAGCCAAUAAAAAAAAGUUUAAAGGUGGCUACGAAAAUCAUAAAAUUGUCAGAAACAACAACAACGACAACGGCGAUAAAACCUAUACGAUUAUCAACAACGAUUAUCUUGGCAUGUCUGCUCACGCUUCUGUUGCUGUUGCUGCUGCUUCUGCUGCUAAAAAUUAUCAAACAAACACGUCUAACAUACUACCCGGCGAUACUUUGACAACAAAAUCUACUACGUCUUCCUUUGAUUUCAGGACAUUUUUUUCUGAUUGUAACCAAUCGGAUGUAUAUUCUGUCAUUGUUAUGUAUUUGCUUGACUCAAGAGAAUCUAUUUCCGAUCUUAAAAUUAUUUUCCUCGUUGGUGGACAAGAGUCCUGCGAAAGUUUAUGCGAAAAAUUGCGAUCAAAGCGAGAGUAUAAGAUGCUACAUGAUGUUCCGACGAGAAUUUUGCUUGAAGGACUGUAUGGGGCAAGCAAGGAAAAAAACUUUAUAUCAGCAAAAAUGAGCAACAUCGUCUACAAGUUUGAGAACAAGGAAGUCUCGAUGCCUCAGGUGGAGACCAGAAAGCAGGUGGUCGAAUGCCUUUUUGAUAAUCCGCUGCACAUUCAACUGUCCGUUCAGUUGGAGCUCCCAAGAAACCAGCUUAACGAUACAUUGUUCUAUUCUACCGUCGAAAUAUGGCACAACAAUUUGAACGUCAAUCAAAUGCCCCUGCAAAUCUUUCUGCAAGAAAAAUGUCAUGUUAAUGAUUAA